UGACUCGUUAGUUCUCGGAGCGGACACGAAGAAGUAGCAGGACCGAGCUGCGUCACUGAGACUGACCGAACCGGACCGAACCGGACCGAGCCAGAACCUUGAUCUUACAGAGCUCUGCUGGAUUCUGGUCCAGUUUUACAGCUUGGCCUCAUUUACUCACGGGCUGCUGCAGAAACAUAGCUCCUCCCACUCCUAUGACAUCACAGUGAGGUGACACAUGACACGUGGCCACGACCUGGGAAGGAAGAGGAGGAAGAGGAGGAGGAGGAGGAGGGGGUGGGGGGGCUGCCCUGGACCACUGACAACAGAAGCAGGAAACGACCAGGAGCAGGAAACGAGGAAGAGGAGGAGUCUUGCCUUCAUCCUCCUCUUGUUCCUGUUACCAUGACAACCCAAUCAGCGGCCGCGAUGACUUCUCCAACCAAUCAGGAGGGCAGCUCGGAGGAGGAGGAGGAGACGGGGCGGGCAUUGUCGGUCUCUAACAGGGAGGCGUUACUAUGGCGACGGCAGAAGGAGGAGGAGCCUGACGAAGAGGAGACGCAGGCGGUCGCGUCGUCUCCCGACGGAAGAUUCCUGAAGUUCAACAUCGAGAUCGGACGAGGAUCCUUCAAGACGGUUUACAGAGGUCUGGACACGGAGACCACAGUGGAGGUGGCCUGGUGUGAGCUCCAGACUCAGCGGCUCAACAAGUCGGAGCGUCAGCGCUUCUGUGAGGAGGUGGACAUACUGAAGGCUCUGCAGCAUCCCAACAUCGUCCGCUUUUUUGACUCCUGGAAGGCGACGCUGAAGGGCUACAGAUGCACCAUCCUGGUGACAGAGCUCAUGACGUCUGGGACCCUCAAGAUGUACCUGCGCAGGUUCCGUCAGAUGAAGCUGAAGCUGCUGCAGCGCUGGAGCUUCCAGAUCCUGAAGGGGCUUCACUUCCUGCACUCGCGCUGCCCCCCCAUCCUGCACCGAGACCUCAAGUGUGACAACAUCUUCAUCACGGGGCCCAGCGCCUCCGUCAAGAUCGGAGACCUGGGCCUCGCCACGCUCAAGAAGGCCUCGUUCGCCAAGAGCGUCACCGGUAAGAAUCUAAUGAAGUCAGUUACAUGUUGGGGAAGUUGUUAUUUAUCUUGUGUGGUGGUGCGUUCAGGGACCCCGGAGUUUAUGGCUCCAGAAAUGUAUGAAGAGAAGUACGACGAGGCCGUGGACGUUUACGCCUUUGGGAUGUGCAUCCUAGAGAUGGCGACGUCAGAGUAUCCGUACUUCGAGUGUCAGAACGCCGCUCAGAUCUACCGCAAAGUCACCAGCGGAAUCAAACCAGAAAGUUUUUUCAAAGUAAAAGUGCCGGAGCUGACGGAAAUCAUUGAAGGCUGCAUCCGGACGAGCAGCAGCGAGAGGUUCACGGUUCCGGACCUGCUGGACCACCGGUUCUUUCAGGGGCAGCUGGGCGUCCGUGUGGAGCUCGCCGAGGACGACGACGGCUCGAAGGCGGCGCUCAAGCUCUGGCUCCGGAUGGACGACAACAAGAAGCUUCAUGGGAAAUACAAAGACAACAACGCCAUCGAGUUCCUGUUCGAGCUGUACAAGGACGUCCCCGAGGAGGUGGCCCAGGACAUGGUGGUGUUGGGUUUCGUCUGUGAGGCGGACUAUAAGCUGGUUGCCAAGGCGAUCAGACACAGAGUGACGGCCGUAAAGCAUCAGCGGGAGAAACAGCGCCGUCUGUUGGAGGAAACUCUGAACCGCCAGAGGGACGCUGUCAUUGAGGAGGAGCAUGACCCAGCCCCCCGGCUGUCCAAUCAGAACUCUUCACCUGCUGAGAGGAACGGAGCCAAUCAGCGGGACACUGCACCUCCCUGGAUACAAGCUCCGCCCAUGGAAACCGUGACGUGGAGCAGCGGUCCGGUGCAUUCUGGGAUUGUCAGCAGGACGGAGGGAGAUGGAGACUCCGCCCACUCCUCCGCUACACCAGACUCAGGUUUCCCCGAGAAGGUUGAGGCCACACCCCCUCCUAUCCCAAACCCCGCCCUUGUGCCGUCCUUCUCUACCCCUGCUCUGGUGCCUCAGGGAACCCCACGCCCUAAGACACGGGUUCUGUCCAAGGCUCCCCCCCUUCCUGUGCUGCGUUUCCCCAAGAGCAUUGCUGUUUCCCAUAAUGCCGAGCAAACGCAAUCUGGGUCAGUGUGCGGCUUCUCCUCACCUGUCGACAGCUACUCCUCUGACGUGACCUCGGGUUUGAGUGACGGCAACGAUGGCCAAUCAGAUAAGAGCAACCUGGAAGCGAGUAAACGAGCAGCGACGAAGCAGUUCAGGAGGAGAGCGAGAGCUCGACUGAAGAUCACAGGGCUGUCGGACAUGGAGGACCGGGUGGUGGAGUGUCAGCUGCAGACUCACGACAGUAAGAUGGUGACGUUUAAAUUCGACCUGGACGGAGACAAUCCAGAGGACAUUGCCUCAGUGAUGCUCCACAGAGACUUCAUCCUGCCGGCUGAGCGCCAGGGAUUCAUCCUCCGCAUGUACGACAUCAUCGAGAGGGCGGAGUCAAUGAUGCACCAGCAGCCGGCGGACGCCUCCACACUGCCAGACUCCGCCCCUCCCCCCUCCCUCUUCCCCCCUCCGCAGUACCAGCUGCCGUCUCCCCCCUAUUCGCAUUACACCCGCCCCUUCCCUGCCCAGAGCCUCCCCCUCACCUCCCCAGCUCCUCCCCCUCCCCACUGGCCGCCCCCCGACCAGCCUCUCUUCACUCUGACCAACAUGCUCUCUCUGGCCAUGAGCGUGGCCCAGUCCUUCAUGCCCCCCCCUCCCCCGUUCACCUCCCCCCCCCCCCCCAUGUCUCCAACACACAGCCCCCCUGCCCCUCACACAGGCUCUGCAGAGGGCAGGCAGCAGGGGGCGUCACCUGGCCCGACCCCGGACAUGCCCCAGCAUCAUCGUCCAUUUCAGCUGAAUGUUGGCCUGGCUCCGCCCCCUUAUGUGAAGAAACAGUCAGUCAUCACCGUUGGUCGUUUCCAGGUGACGUCCUCUAAAGACGUUCCUGCUGUCUGUCAGCAGGAGCCCCGCCCACUCAACAAGGCCACACCCACAGCCCACUCCCCGCCUCCCUCCAUUCGGAACCAAUCAGAGAGCUCGGAAAGUAGCACGGAGGAGCAGAGCGAAUCAGACAGUAGCAUCACCAUGGUGACGGUUUCCCCACCUGGUGGUUACCAUGACAACCCUGGAGGACAGGAGGACAGGAGGAGGAGGGGUGAGGAGGACGAGGAGGAGGAGGAGAGGAAGAGGAGGCGGGGUCGGACGCUGAGCGUCAGUCUGUGGGAGGGGUCAACUGGCACCCCUGGGAUGACAGGCAGCAGCUUUGGCCAAUCAUGGAGCCGCUCUGCACCCGUCAUCAGCUCUGACGAAUCAGAGAGUGAGAAAGAGGAGAGGUGGGAGGAGCUACAUUUGCUCCGUGAAAGACACCUGGCCGAGGUGCACAACCUGCAGGCCAAUCAGAAGCAAGAGAUUGAGCAGUUGUACCUGACGAUGGGUAAAGUACCGCCCCCUGGUAUAGUUUCUCUAGCCGCCAUGUUAAACCAUCGCCAGCGCCGCCUCUCGAAGUCGGGGAUCUACACUGCCGCUCACAGAAGCAGCCUCCAUAGAGUGGAGGUGCUGCCUCCUACAGGCAUCAUGAGGAGGAGCUCGCUGAGCGGCGGUGGAUCUCAGGACAGAGCAGGGAAAGGAGUGACCUUUGCCCCCGAACACAGCUGCAUGUGAGAGCGAAGCUGCUGAAGACGAGAAGAUGAAGUGUGAACAUGUCACUUAACAUUUACCUGUUAGCCUCAUUAUUUACCCGUUAGUCUCAUUAUUUACCUGUUAACCUCAUGAUUUACCUGUUAACCUCAUGAUUUACCUGUUAACCUCAUUAUUUACAUGUGAGCCUCAUUAUUCACCUGUGAGCCUCAUUAUUUACCUGUUAACCUCAUUAUUUACCUGUGAGCCUCAUUAUUUACCUGUGAGCCUCAUUAUUUACCUGUUAACCUCAUUAUUUACCUGUUAACCUCAUUAUUUACCUGUUAGCCUCAUUAUUUACCUGUUAACCUCAUUAUUUACCUGUGAGCCUCAUUAUUUACCUGUGAGCCUCAUUAUUUACCUGUUAACCUCAUUAUUUACCUGUUAACCUCAUUAUUUACCUGUGAGCCUCAUUAUUUACCUGUGAGCCUCAUUAUUUACCUGUUAACCUCAUUAUUUACCUGUUAACCUCAUUAUUUACCUGUUAGCCUCAUUAUUUACCUUAGCUGUGCGAUUUCUGCUUGAAGCAGCUGAUCAGCAGCAGUUUUUCAGUGUUAAACCUUCAUUUAUGAUAAUGUUUAUUAUCUGAGCCGACGUGGACUCAGGGAGAAGCGGAAAGUUAAUGUGGUUUCAAUUUUAAGUUAGAAUGCUUCACAAAUAUUGAACCUGAUGUUUGAAAGUUAUUUGCAUUAAUGUGUUUUGUCUUAUUAAAGUGACUUUGAUGAUGAUUUCACCUUCAUCAUCUGUCCAAACACC